UAGCAGUUUAUUAACAAACCUGUAUGUAUCUAUCUUGAAACAUAUUGUGUACCAGAAAUAUCUUUCAUUGCCCAUCCCUUCCGUGACAUACUGUACAUUCAGGUUUUUAAAGUAUUUGGUUAAUCUGCGUAGUAAGAUGUUUUUGUCUGAAGUCCAGAGUUAGUUAAAGUCUUUUAUUUUGAAUGCUGCUUUGAGUUGUCUUUUUUUUUUUUUGCAUAUCGUGGCAUGCUAUAUUUAAAGUUCUGAGAAGACAUGAUUAUUUAUUAUUCAUUGUUGUUUCCAUGAAGUAUAGUUUAUUGUUUCUCAUAUCAUAUCUUGAUUGCCUAUGCCAUGAGCUAAACAAUAGGAAGGAGAUAUCAAAUGUCCACUUGUGCAGAAACAAAGGGGUUGCACAAAUGCCCUUUGGAUUAGCACCAGCUCUCGGAUUGGCUUCUUAGAAACUGUAUGGCAUGAAUGUCAUGACCUGACUGACUGCUUACUGCCGGAUGUAGGCUGCUAGUCUUUACUGGGCAUCAUUAGAUAUCAGACUAAUGUAGGUGCAAGAGACCACAUGUAGCAUGAGGCAUUGAUGUUAUUUUCUCUCUAGUUCAAGUAAAGCCACAGGGGCCAGUGGAAUUAAGCAGGUUUUAUUUUGACUAAUCCCUCAUGGCAAUGGUGAGGGUUUGUAAAAUGGCCUUGCCACAGGAAAGGAUAAAAAGCCCACUGGAUUAGCGUGACCCCUCCUCUCUUAUCUUCAUUCUCAGCUGUUGUAGUCCAGUAUUCAAAAUAUAGAUGCAACUUCUACUGUAUGUGUUCCUUACUGGAAUAGAGGCCACUCUCAUAAGGUGUGUGGUUUUAUUUUUUUGUGUGUGGGUGUGUGUCUUGUGCUUGUGCCUUUGUGUUAUGUCUUGUCCCAUUUUGCUUGUCCUCCCCUCCCUCUCAUACUUAUGUUUCCAGGUCUGAAUAAUUUAGGGGCUACCUGGCAAUAUGUGGCUACAUGAUAGCAUUGCCCGCAGGGAGGGGAAAAAUGCCUCCCGUAGAUCAGGUGAAAUGAUCCCUAUAUACCUCAUCUUUUUUUUUUGUACCUGAAACCUGAGAGGUGAAAUGGAAACCCUUACUCCUUUUUUCCACACCUCACUCCUUCUUUUGUUUUCUCCCCUGUUCAAGAAUCGUGUAGUGCUGCUUUAGUCUUCGUCUUGGCAAGAUCGAGUUAAGAUCGAUUGAGGGUUGUUGGGAUAGCACUACUCCUGACAAUUCUGUCAACAUUGCGUCGCGAAGGAAUUCUGUCUCCUUUGGGAGUGACGGUAAACUUUGUUUUGAUCCUCUUCUGCCACCCUGCUCCUUGCUAUACCCUGAAAUAGAGCCAGAACAAGGUUUUUUUUUUGGCUGCCAGGAGAAACUGUACAACUACUGUGACCUUGAAAGGUAUGCUUAUCUUUCCAUGAAGAGAGAUCCUGUAGCUGAAUCUAGCAACCACCUGGAGGAAGCCAUGGCUGUGAGGGGCACUGUUCCUCCUCCUGAUUACUACCCGUUUGACACUGCCUUAUCUGCUCAGCCACCUGAAGAUCUGCAGGGAUUUUAUAGAGGAAGCCACCAGCUUCUUAGCAGAUCAGGCUCGCAUUAUGGGCUGGGUGCAGGAGGGGUUAGAUCUGCCUGGGAUCAAGGGCAAACUAGGGCUCCUACUCGUGCACCUACACCUGGCCCCGCUCCACCUCCCCCUCCACCGCCGCCUCCUCCUCCUCCUCCACCUCCCCCUCCUACGGCUCAUGAGCUGAGCCGUUUCUACAGGGAGUCUCUAGCCUUCCCAGAUAGUCAGCGUAUCCGCAGUAGGGCCGGCUCUCCUUCCUAUUUCGGUAUUGCGGCCGAUCAGGCCUCUCUGGCCGGCCAUUCUGGUUACAGCGAAAUCAACGGCAUUCAUCUUGACCACCCUCCCUCCACCUGUAUCAUGAUGGAUCCUGCACCCACUUCUGUUGUGGAUGGAAGUGUACCUCGAGGAAUGUCUGCUUAUGGUACUGUACCUGCUCAAAGGUCGCCCUAUGAUCCUGCUUAUGAUGCCGGCGCAGCUAUGGUGGCUGCUACGCCAGCUCAGCUCACAGCUGGGAUCACAACCCACCACCCAUCAGCAGCUGUUACCAUGGACCCAAAGAGGGCUGUGGAUCCGACUUUCCUAACGUAUCUGCGUACUGAGGGUCUAUCUGAAAGCACCAUAAACCUUCUGUUGCAGCAAGGGUUUGACUCCACUGCCAUGCUGUCCAUGAUGGAAGAGCACGAUAUUCGUUCCAUGGCUCCAAACCUUGGCCAGGCCCGGGUGCUAUCCAGGGUGGUGCUUAACUGCAAGACAGGAGGCACUGGAGUGCCAACAAUACGUGGCCGCUCCAACAGCUUCAGUCACCGUAACGAUCUCUACACGCAGCCUCAAGGUUUGGCCGUGGACUCCCACCUCUUGCAGCAGCCCUUAAACACCCUGCAGACCAUGUCUCCAAGGAUAGGCGAGUUUACCAACCGCAGACCAAGCAGUGCACCUUCUCAACAUCUGUUAGACACCACAGGCUAUCCUGGGGUGCGUUCUCUUGGCAGUCUUUCGGCCAAUCCUGGGACAUAUAGCACUUCCUCGAUGCAGACACGGCCGCUAACGAUGUACAACUCUCAUACUGGUCUGCCGAUGUCAAGCCACCCUCAGCCACAGCAGUCAGGGAUUUUGGGUACCUCUGGUCUAGUACCCAAAGCUUUCUCUGGCACCUACACACCUAUAGAGCUGAUGAAGAGAGCACCUAGUCUACCUCAUAUGCCUCAAACACCAGGCUCUCACCCCAGUCCCCAGCUCUUGAGAAAGGGGGCUGCUGCUGUGGAGAAUACGGUCAUGCCUACCAGUGUCCAGUCUCAGGCCCUUAACCCGAACAAUAAGAUGAGUCGCCGUACUGGUCCUCCGGUCAUUGUUUCAACCAUGGCUUCACCAGAAACAAGUAUCAGGCCUCAGAUCAUGAACGGCCCCAUGCACCCCCGCCCGUUGGUGGCACUGUUGGACGGACGUGAUUGCACUGUAGAGAUGCCCAUUCUCAAAGACCUGGCAACUGUGGCCUUCUGCGAUGCUCAGUCCACACAGGAGAUCCACGAGAAGGUGCUGAAUGAGGCAGUCGGUGCCAUGAUGUACCACACAAUCACUCUGACCCGCGAGGACCUGGAGAAGUUUAAAGCUCUACGCAUCAUCAUCCGCAUCGGCAGCGGAUACGACAACGUUGACAUCAAAGCCGCGGGGGAGCUGGGCAUUGCGGUGUGUAACAUUCCAUCAGCGGCGGUGGAGGAGACGGCGGACUCGACCAUGUGCCACAUCCUGAACCUGUACAGGAGAAACACGUGGCUGUACCAGGCUCUCCGUGAGGGCACGCGGGUCCAGAGUGUGGAGCAGAUCAGAGAGGUGGCGUCAGGAGCGGCGCGAAUCCGCGGAGAGACACUCGGCCUCAUCGGCUUCGGGCGUUCGGGGCAGGCGGUAGCGGUCCGGGCGAAGGUGUUUGGCUUCAGCGUGAUAUUUUAUGACCCGUACCUGCAGGAUGGUCUGGAGAGAGCGCUGGGUGUACAGAGAGUGUACACACUGCAGGACCUGCUGUACCAGAGCGACUGUGUGUCCCUGCACUGUAACCUGAACGAACACAACCACCACCUGAUCAACGACUUCACCAUCAAACAGAUGCGUCAGGGGGCGUUCCUGGUGAACACCGCUCGAGGUGGGCUGGUGGAUGAAAAGGCUCUGGCUCACGCUCUGAAGGAGGGACGGAUACGAGGAGCAGCACUCGACGUCCACGAGAACGAACCGUUCAGUUUUGCACAGGGACCUCUGAAGGAUGCUCCGAAUCUGGUCUGCACUCCACACACAGCAUGGUACAGUGAACAGGCCUCUCUGGAGAUGAGGGAGGCAGCGGCUACGGAGAUCCGCCGAGCUAUCACCGGUCGCAUCCCAGACAGCCUCAGAAACUGUGUGAAUAAGGAGUUCUUCGUCACCACUUCAGCCUGGGGGGUGAUGGAGCAGCAGACUGUACACCCUGAGCUUAACGGCGCUGCCUACAGGUUAAACACGUUCCCGCCGGGCAUGGUUGGCGUGGCACCAGGGGGCAUCGCCGCGGCGAUGGAGGGCAUAGUGCCGGGCGGAGUGCCUGUAACACACUCACUACCAUCGGUCACACACCCGUCGCAGGCACCGUCUCCAAACCAGCCGUCCAAACACGGAGAGAGCAGAGAACAUCUGACUGAGCAAUAGCAACACACACACACACACACAACACAUACACACACACACACACACACUUGUAGCACAAGCUCUUGGAAACAUACAUUAAUACACUAAUACACACACACAAUAACUCUAUAGCGUCUUUCCAAUGAAACCACUCGCCUUCCGGGACCAAGACACGCACACACACACACACACACACACACACACACACACACACACACACGCACGUUGCAGCUCUUGGGACAUUAAAACUUUAUACUCUUUUUCAUUUGAGUUUUCUUGUUCAGUUUUUUUUUCUUCUUUUUUGGGAAAAUGGACGAAGCCUCUCCCACCACCUUGUGUCUCAUUGGAUGAUGCACUUUUUUCAUCCACCAAUGGGAAAGCUCGACAUGAUGCGCUUACCAGACCAUGGCCCAUCCCUCCACAGACCCCGCCCACCUCCCUUUGUUGUUAGUUUAUGUUGUUUUAGGCUCUUAGCAGCAUUUUCAGUUCUUUUAUCUUCAGCGUGAGAGGAUAUUAACUCGAAGAAGUGGUUAUAAAAUAUAGCUAUAUAUAUUUAUCAGACAAAGAAAAAGAAAAAAAAUGAGCGAUUGCCCACCAGCAGGUGAUCCACGUUAACCCUUUCCUGGCCACGCCCACCCACCAGUCGCCGAGAACAAAAUGUCUACCAAAUGACAGCGUACUCCUGCUAAGGAUGAUCUUUAUAUCAUCAUUUUUCUGUAUUAUCCUGAUUGUUGUGUUUUGGGUCGGAAGGCAGCUGCUUUCUGAACUCUUUACUUUGGAUAUAUUUGAAGCGAUCUCUCAUUCUGUUUACCGAAUCAUAAAAUAUUUCAUGAACGUUUUUCGACAAACAUCGCAGAAUAAACUCUUGCUCGGAAUGAGGAGCUGUUUUUCCUAGCUAAAGUUCAUGUACGUGUUCGUAUAGAAUCAGAAGCUAGCUUAAAUGAUGUGACGUCACAGGAAACGUUUUAGCUUAUAUCAUUUCUUUGCUAACUUGAUAGGCACCAAGCCAGCCUUUCUAGCUACCCUACCUAUCCUUAGUAUCUAGUGAACAGUCCUCUAGCUGCGUUCAUCAGCAGAACUUCGGCUAGCUCGGGAUCCACCCUCAGGUAAAAGAAUAAACUAGCGAUAGUGAGCAGCAUGCUGAAAGUUCUGGUGUAUGAUGAAACUUAAGGGCUUCACAAAAUGUUAAAAUGUUGAAAAAAGAAACUUCGAAGAAUGAGGUUGAUAAGAAAGAAAUGCUUUGUUUCACAGACAUUAAAUGUAACCAUAAACGGAUAAAAAGUAUGACGUCAUUUUUUUAAUAACUAAAAAUCUUUAAUUGUUGGCAAAAUACUUAUAAUAUACUUAUAUACUUAUAAAAUGCUUAUAAUAAGAAUAAAACGCUCCGUGUUGUGCCGUUAUAGGAAAAUAAUCAACGGAGGGUUUGCGGAAGCGGAGUUACUGUACCACCAUUACCACGAAGUUGAUUAUUUUCCUAAAACAGCAUGUCCUGAAGUGUUUUAUUCCUCUUAUACCACAGCAGUUUACCAACGAUUACAAUUUCUAUUAAUUAAAGAAUGACACAGUGUACUUUUUAUCCGUGUAUAGUUACAUUUAACGUCAUGCAAACGACGAGUUAGUUCCUGUUCUCACUUACGUUAGAGCAGCUAUAAACACUCGUUCCCUCGCCAGCCUCUCUUUUUUCUCUCUCUCGACGUUAACAAGACAAAAAAAUCGCAGCUUGUCGUGUUACCCGCAUGCUACAGUGACAGAAAAGUCUUUUUUUUUUUUUUUUUUUACUCGCGACGCUUUUUCAAAUCUGUCCAAAAUAAGGAACCUUAGAAAACAGGCGCUUUCCGAAAGAAACAGAUUUUAUCUUACAGACGAAGGUAGUGAUGAUGUCACUACGGUGUCCUCAGUAACAUGUGCAUGUUGAACAUCACAGAUUAUCACUAAUGAUGGACUCGUAACCACGUGGAUACCAAACGCAUACCUGUGGACGUUCAGGACGUGGAAAUUUCGCUUCUCGCUCCUUUGUUUGUACGAGUCGAGUCGUCCUCUCGAUUCUCGUCCACGCUUGGGGAGUCAUUUCUGUGCAUCGAUGCCAGGACGGCAAAAUGACACGACGUCUGUGAACUUACAGAACGUUUCAGCGAAGACCCCUCGCUUCUAGGGGACUUCUUUCUUUCGAGUCGUACGGAGACAAUGUACGUAUUUUCACCAGACGGGAGAAGAACAGGAAAGGGUUAAAGCAUUAACUUCAUUCCACAAUGACUCAGGAAAACGAAGACACACUCAUUUUUUGCUGAUUUUUUUGUGUGUGAGGAAAAGAAAUGAAAAAAAAAAACAAAAAAGAUGAUUGAAGAGUUCACAAGAAUGAAUUGCAGUAGUCUGUUUCCUCUCUCCCUCCUUUCCUUUCUUGUUGUGGUAUUUUUUAUAAAAGCAGACAUCCCAUGUUUUUUGGUGUUUAAAAAAAAUAAUGAGAAUAUGAAAAAAAAAAAAAAAAGUUUUGCAGUCCUGAUAGAUUUGUAUUGCCUAGUUCAGUGUUCCUAUAACCAUAGUCUGAUGUGAUCUGCCCAGUUCUCUCUCUCUCUCUCUCUCUCUCUCUAUCUCUCUCUCUCUCUCUCUCGGUUCUGUUGUUUUUUUGCGGAUGAAAGCCGUCCCGUUCAGAGUCACAGCAAUAGAACGACACUAGCAGAAACACCAUUCAGCCAGCACUAUGAUUUUAUUUUGUGAUUUUUUUUGUUUGUUUGUUUGUUUUUGAUUUUCUUUUUUGGUUUUGUUUUGUUUUUGUUUUUAGCGUGAGUAUUUGUAUUUGUUUCUUGUACAAGGUGAACAUUUAGCGGUCGGUGCAGUUCCAAUAAAAGAUACUCUGAGUUCUGAGA